CGACACCCACACACCCCCGCACCAGGUAAGCCACACCUAUCUCUCACUUUAAAAGAUAAGUACAACUACAUUCCGCCUACAUUCCUCCUGCUUCCUUGAUUGAAACGCAGAACUUCACUUUAAUAAGAGAAAUUAUCCUACAGGACUGUCAUUGGGUUUAUUUGAACGUGAGACACUCUUGGCCUUAUUUUAAGCUGCGCCUGCCUGCCGGUGAUGGAGAAGGAGGAGGAGGCGGCGGCGGCGGCGGCGGCGGCGCGGCAUGCAGCAGAGCCGGCAGAUGGUGCACCGGGAGGAGCGCCGCCGCCAGACCGCACAGCUGCCUGUUGUCAUGGAGGAGCAAAGAUGGCGGUCCUGGCCUAUAGCCUGGGCAAACGCGAAAUAAAUCAACAUUUUACUAUUAAAAAUGCCAAAUUAAUAUCGUUGGUAGUCGUUAUUUUACUCGUCGUGUUUCACACAGCUUCGCGGUACUAUGGAGGCGGAGACUCAUGUGAAUGGCUGCUAUCCAGAGGACGUUACUUGGGGGAGAAUGUAUGGCAGCCGUAUGGCUGCAUGAUGCACAAAUACAAAAGCAUUGAAGCCCAAACUUGCCUUGCUGAAAAGCGGGUGGCCUUUGUUGGCGAUUCAAGAAUCAGGCAGCUAUUUUACUCCUUCAUCAAAAUUAUUGACCCUGGGCAAAGAGAAGAUGGAAACAAGCACAAGGACAUUUCCUUUGAAGAUGAGAGCUCCUCUUUUAAAGUGGACUUUAUGUGGCACCCAGAGGCAAAUAAUUCAAUGAAAGAGCGCUUGAUGUCAUGGACAUACGAAACUUCAACAAAGCCCGAUGUUGUCAUCCUUGGAGCCGCCACGUGGUCCAUCAAGUUGCACAGUGGCAGCAGCGAGGCCCUGCAGCAGUACAAAGUCAACCUGACAGCUAUUGCUGUUCCUCUGGAGAGGCUGGCUGACCACGGAGAGGUCUACUGGGUCCUGCAAGACCCAGUAAAUGAGGAAGUGUUGAGUGAGAACAGGAAGAUGAUCACCAACCAACAGUUAAAUCUGUACAAUGAAGCAGCGGUGGACGCUCUUAACAGCAGUAAACGUAACAGCAGGUCCCGGGUCAAGCUGCUGGCCGCUUCCCGCCAGGCUGCACUGGAGACUAUCUCCCAGUCGGACGACGGUUUGCAUCUGCCUGAGAGCACAAGGAAUGUGGGAGCCAUGAUCCUCAUGAACUCUGUGUGCAACAAACUGCUGAAGCCCAUCGACGGCUCCUGCUGCCAGACGUUGCCACCCCCCAACCUCCUCCAGAAACUGUCGGCGUGUUUCUUCCUGGGCUCGGCUGUGGUCUUUCUGGUCCUCCACGUGCUUGGCAACAACCGCCACCGCCGACCUGUUCCCCAAGACGUGGAGAGUCUUGAGAAGAAGCCAGCGACUGCAGCUGUGCCCCUGGGUCAAAAGGCACCUUUCCAGGCCCUCUGCAGGAUGGGGAUCAUCAUGGGAUAUUUCUACCUUUGUGACAGAGCAGAUUUGUUCAUGAAAGAGCAGAAGUUCUACACACACUCCACGUUCUUCAUCCCUCUCAUCUAUAUAUUUGUCCUGGGGGUGUUCUACAGUGAGAACAGCAAAGAGACCAAAUUACUCAACCGAGAACAAACAGAUGAGUGGAAGGGCUGGAUGCAGCUCGUCAUACUUAUCUAUCACAUAUCUGGAGCCAGCGCUUUCAUUCCAGUGUACAUGCAUGUGCGUGUGCUGGUGGCAGCGUACCUUUUUCAGACUGGCUACGGACACUUUUCCUUUUUCUGGCUCAAAGGAGACUUUGGACUGUAUAGAGUGUGCCAGGUGCUUUUUCGUCUGAACUUCUUGGUCUUGGUUCUGUGUGUGGUAAUGGACAGACAAUACCAGUUCUAUUACUUUGUCCCAUUAGUCACCUUCUGGUUUGUCAUCAUCUACGCCACGCUGGCUUUGUGGCCUCAGAUUCUCCAGAAGAGAGCAAACACUAGUGGUAUAUGGCACCUUGGGGUCUUGGCGAAGUUACUGGGACUCCUGCUGUUUAUCUGCUUCUUUGCUUAUUCACAGGGUUUCUUUGAGAGUAUCUUCUCCGUCUGGCCCAUCUCCAAGCUUUUUGAAUUGAAUGGAAGCGUCCACGAGUGGUGGUUCAGAUGGAAGCUGGACCGAUUUGCGGUGAUACACGGCAUGUUAUUUGCCUUCAUCUAUCUGGUGCUUCAGAAGCGCCAGGUGCUGUCGGAGGGCAAAGGAGAGGCUCUCUUCUCUGCCAAGAUUUCCAACUUGCUACUCUUCCUCUCUGUCAUCUCCUUCAUAACUUACUCAAUAUGGGCCAGCAGCUGCAAAAACAAAACAGAGUGCAACGAGAUGCAUCCAUACAUCUCUGUGGUGCAGAUUUUGGCCUUCAUUCUAAUCAGGAACAUUCCUGGCUACGCCCGCUCUAUUUAUAGCUCAUUCUUUGCAUGGUUCGGAAAGAUCUCCUUGGAGCUGUUCAUUUGCCAGUACCACAUCUGGCUGGCUGCAGACACCAAGGGAAUUUUGGUCCUGAUACCAGGGAACCCAUCGCUUAACAUCAUGGUCAGCACCUUCAUCUUUGUUUGUGUAGCUCAUGAGAUUUCCCUCAUCACCAAUGACCUGGCCCAGGUGGUCAUCCCCAAGGAGAGCGUUGCCCUGCUGAAGAGACUGGCGGCCAUGGGACUCUUCAGUCUGGUUGUACUGCUGCUGGCCAGGAGCAGCAAGCACACACCCGGUGCCUGAUAGAAACCUCUCGACGGGGGCACAGCAGACUCGCCAAGCCCCCCGCUGAGUUUGAGGUGCAGUGCAGAUCCAAGCCAGGAGCACGCCCGUUGUUUUGAGGCUACUGGUCACAAGUGUUGAGUGACAGCACAUCAACCUGUGGGAGGACAGUGUCUCCCUGCUGGCCAUGUUUGAGCAGACUGUACUUUUUGCCUGCUGUGAAAGUCGCACACUGAAGAAAAAUGCCCAAAAAGUGGAACUCGCUCCUUUUUCGGGGCCAAGUGCAAAUUGCAAGAGAGGAAAAAAAGAACAAAAUGCUCAAAACGUUUACAUUAUCGGAAUUAGAAGAGCAGAGGGGAAACUGGGACUUGGAGUUUUAUUUAAAACAAAUAGAGGGUCCUCUCAUUUUGAGACCUCAUACUUGCUGUGUGAAUUUUUUGCAACGUUGCUUCUUCCCAGCCAAACACACUAGUAAGACGUUAAUUUAGUCACAGUACUUGCUGUCAUUUCUUCACUCUGGGAGGGAACACUAAGCACACACUCCGUCCACAUGGCAGUAGCAGUUGAAGGUGUUUUCACACAGGUGGAUCCAUAAGCGACAUAUUCAGAUAUCUACUCAUUUACAACAAAAUGUUCAAGUGUGCUGCAUUUUAUUAUCAACAUUACUUUGUACAGUAUUUCUGGUGACUUUGAAAUAGUAUUAGAUAUCUAAAUAUGCAAAAUAUGGACCAACAACUGGCUUGGGUGAUCAAAAACUGUCAAGACUAAAUUUAAAAUUUGGAGUGCAAUUGUUAAAAUGUCGGAAUACCCUUCGACAUAUUUUUGCUAAUGUUUUUUGUGAGUAAUUUUAGAAAUGUUUGCCUUGUGCUGAAAGGUCCGUGGUCACCUGCUGUAUCUCUGAAAUUCUAUGUGAUAUGUACAGUAUUUAAUGAUUUAAAUUAAGCUUAUAUUUUAUACAUUCUUUUGGCUUUAUUUUAUACUUUGCGCCCAUGACUGCUGUUUGUGAAGGAAGUAUUACAUAGGAUCAUUUUUGUACCCAUCCCAGCAUCUCAAAGACUUUUACCUGCCUCAAGAGACACAUUGCAGAGGUUGAGCCUUUCACAGUCUGAUGCCCACCUGUCCUAUUAGCAGUCACUUCAUAGUCUGUGUAUAUUUGUAUGAUAAAGUGAGAGACUUAUUUUAUACAGCAAUGCUUCCGCUGUGCUUUUUGUCAUGCCUUGUAGCGCUCCGACAGAAAACGCGCUGGGUUGCACAUACUCUUGUACAGUAGAACUAACAGCUACAAAACGCAUCCUCUCUUUGGUGUCACAGCCAGUAAACUUUUUGGUCAAUACUGUGAUCACAAUACGUGGGUACUGGGUAUCAGGGCCACACUGACAUUUAAAAACGACUACUUGGUAAAGCACUGACUGAGCUAAGAAGACAUAUUACAGUUGCUUAAAUGAAAAUGUUGUAUAUUUUGUCAGUUGACAAAUGGGUAAUGUCUCUACUAUUAACUAUUUAUCCUCACAGACAUUGAAGUACGAUUAGCACUUUGAUGUGUUUCACAAGAGUUAAACAUGGUACGAGUUUCUGUACUUAAGCACAGUUUCAUUGGGUAAAUCAAAUAUUUUGUUAUGGUUACUUGGCAGAUACAAAAAAGUAUAAUAUUGUAAGGUCUGAGCUUUAUUGCAUAUGAAUUUUGAGUUGCAUAUUUCCUCUGUAAUGGGAUAUUAACAGAUUAGGGUGUGAAUCAUUUUCUACAAACUGAUGUAGCUUCUCUUUAAAGGAAAAAAAAAAAAAAAAACAUGGGUCCACAAAAACAUCUUUACAGAAUUAAUUUUAGCUUCACAGUGGAACAAUUUCUGUCAAUUAUCUCAUGAUGUAAAGUUCAGGUUUUGUUCGCAAACUGAACAGCCAAGUAAAUUUGUAAUUUCUAUAACCAGUCAUCACCUCAUUUUGUAGACGCUAAUGGCAUUUCCAUGUUGCAAUUUCCUUUGAUGUGUAAAGUUUACUGAUCCACUUUCUCAUCUUAUUACUGAUCAAAGGUUAUAAAUUUGGUAUUUGUUUCAGGCCUUAAUAGAUCUUUUCGGUCAUGUAAAAGCAACAACUAUUUAUACCCCUGUGCAGGGCCUCUGAAAUAUGUUAUAUGUAAAUAUUUUGUGAUGUCUUAAAAAUGUGAAAUGUAUCCACAUUAUUUAUAAAUGCCUUUAUUCCAUUAUACAUUGUUAAUAAUACCUUCAUAAAA